AUGUACUGCGUGAACAACGGGAACACAGGGCUCGGGAUUGCAAAUAAUGGCACUAAUGGCAACAGUGGGUCCAGUGCUCCGAGUUCGAGCGAUACGGGUAUCUCACCGAGUGCUUCUUCCGCCGCCGCCUCGCAUGUUGUGUCGUCUUCACCAACUCCGACGACCUCUCCGACAAACGCUGCAACCACCACAACGAAAGCAGCCGCAACACAAUCGACAAGUCCUGCCACUGCCUCACCGACCGCAACCGGGAGCUCCUCGGGCAGCUCCUCAUCGCCGUGGAAAGUUGCGCAGAGCUACGAAGGUGACACUUUCUUCGACGGGUGGGACUUCCAGAACUCUCCAGACACAACGACGCACGGUGUCGCGCAAUAUGUGGAUAAAGACACGGCCAACUCCUCUAAUCUCACCGAGAUCAACGCCGCGGGGAAUGCUAUCAUGCGAGCGGAGACGACCGGGACUGUGGCGACCUACCGCAAGAGCAUACGCAUAACCUCGCAGUACAGCUACACCGGCGGCCUAGUUGUGCUAGAUGCUGUACAUAUGCCGACGGGUUGCGGGACAUGGCCAGCUUUUUGGAGCAACGGUCCAGGUUGGCCUGCGGGCGGCGAGAUCGACAUGGUAGAGGGUGUCAAUGACUACACCAACAACCAGGUGACGCUCCACACGGCGCCCGGUUGCAGCAUGCCCUCCUCGGACCCUACCACGCUGGGCAUUUCCGGCUCUCUGAUUGGCGGGACGGAUUGUGCCGCUGCGGACACCGCGAACGCAGGGUGCGGCGUGCGCGCAAGCGAAACGAACUCGUACGGUGCUCCGUUUAACGCUAUGGGCGGCGGUGUCUAUGCCACGCUAUGGGACGACGACGGGAUUAAGACCUGGUUCUUCCCGCGCAGCUCGAUACCCUCAGACCUAUCGAGCAGUGCGCCACAGCCAACGACAUGGGGCACGCCCAUGGCCGCAUUCGCAGCCUCGUCAUGCGACCCGUUCAAGUACUUCUAUCAGCACACAGCUAUCUUUGACACCACCUUCUGCGGUGAUUGGGGAGGAGGCGUGUGGGACGCAUCAGGCGUGCCCGGGCAGGAUCAGAGCUGUGCCGCGCGCACCGGUGUCGCGUCAUGCUCGGACUUCGUGCUUAAUAACGGCGCCUCGUUCACUGAAGCCUACUGGGAGGUCAAGAGCGUCAAAAUCUACCAGAAGAGCUCAUAA